GAAGGCAGGAAGGGGGAGUGGGAGGAGGCACAGUUUAUGCAAAGAAGAUGUAGCCAGAAAUUGAGAGCUAAGAGGCCGUUUCUGAGCGAGGGCACCAUCUCGUGCACAGGCAGCCUGGCCUUGGCCUCAGAGCACUGGAAGCCGAAUCUCCCUAAGCUCUGUGACCUGUGUCACCUAGCAUCGCGGGGAGGGGGCGAGAAGGAGGGGAGAAGUCUGGAGUCAGAUGGAGGGCACCAGAGAAGGGGCCACAUGCGGGGGCAGAAGCCGCCCCCGGGAGGAUAAACACCUCGCAUUUUCUGAUCAGGUGGCGGGACGGGCUUCAUCGGGACAGCCCUAACCCAGCUGCUGAAGGCCAGGGGCCACGAAGUGACGUUGGUUUCCCGAAAGCCGGGGCCCGGUCGGAUCACGUGGGUCAGCCGGCCCCUGCAGCUGACAUCCUUCAGAGCAGAGGGAGGAGAGGGCCGACUCUGACGAGAACCAGUGGAAUGAAGCCUUCCAAAAAGAGGUUCUCAGCAGCCGCCUGGAGACCACCCAAAUGCUGGCUGAAGCCAUUGCUAAGGCCCCACACCCCCCCCAGGCCUGGGUCUUAGUCACAGGUGUAGCUUACUACCAGCCCAGCCUGACUGCUGAGUACGAUGAGGACAGCCCAGGAGGGGAUUUUGACUUUUUCUCCAACCUUGUAACCAAAUGGGAAGCUGCAGCCAGGCUUCCUGGAGAUUCUACACGUCAAGUGGUGGUGCGCUCUGGGGUUGUGCUGGGCCGUGGAGGUGGUGCCAUUGGUUACAUGCUCCUGCCUUUCCGCCUGGGCCUGGGGGGCCCCAUCGGCUCAGGCCACCAGUUCUUCCCCUGGAUUCACAUUGGAGACUUGGCGGGAAUCCUGGCUCACGCCCUUGAAGCAAGCCACGUGCAAGGGGUCCUGAAUGGAGUGGCUCCAGCCUCUUCCACUACCAAUGCUGAGUUUGCUCGGGCCUUGGGUGCAGCCCUGGGCCGCCCAGCCUUCAUCCCUUUCCCCAGCACUGUGGUCCAAGCUGUCUUUGGGCGAGAACGUGCCGUCAUGCUGCUGGAGGGCCAGAAGGUGGUCCCACGGCGGACACUGGCUGCUGGCUACCAGUAUUCCUUCCCAGAGCUGGGGGCCGCCUUGAAGGAAGUCAUAGCCUAAGUGGAGGAGGCUCAAGGCAGAGCCUGAGGCCUGUCCCUCAGCAGAGGCUUCCUAGUGAGAGACUGCAUAAGCUCAGGUUCUCCUCUACUUGAGACCUGAAACCAUCUGCUUCUUAGGGAGUCCUCGUUCUUUCUCAUUGACCUGUUGCCCCACCUUAUUUAACUGAGACUGUCCGCUGUUUCAAGGUUGCAAUCUCAUCAAAUCAGGACCUUAACCUCUUCAACUCCUCGUAAAGAAAUUGCCAGGUUUGGUUUCCCUGCGGGUCCUGUUCCUGUCCCAUUUCUCCUUUUUGCUGUGUAGGGAAUGUUCUGCAGUUUAGGCAAUAAAAAUAAAUUA